AUGUUGGAGAUAUUAACGGCAUUUGUGGCUACUACAUAUACAUUUUCGGCCCUCUUUCUUAGCUUCUUUAUCAUAUGUGCUCAUGAUAAAGAAUUAGUUCGACAAGCCUUUGGAAAUACAUGGAGAAGAUACUUAUUCAUCAUCGAAACAAUGUCUUCUGGUGUAGCUGAACUGAGCAUACAGCUUAUCAUCUUGAAGCUGUUCCAAUUUUUUGGUGUUUAUUUUAUGGGUGGUUUUAACUACAAACUAUCGAGCGUAGUAUUUUACCUUGAUGUUCUCAAUCUAUUAGGUUUAUGCCACUUGUAUUAUCAGAUGCUGCUUGAAAGAAGUAUUGCUGAUGAAACUAUAAGAAAGUUAAAUCAUACUGCUAAGCCUAUGGCCAGCAUAUUAUGUAACAAUGAUAUAAAGAAGUUGGUAAAUCCAUUUUGGACACCUAGCAGGAUAAAAAUUCAUCCCAAUAUUACCUAUGCUACCAAUGAAGAAAUCAGAGAAGUUCUGGAAACAUCUAACCAAGACUUUAGUCAACUACGUAGAAUGAUGCUGGACAUAUAUACCAGAGCCGAUAUGCCGCAAGAUAGAGCUUCUAAGAAACCUGUGUUAGUUCAUGUUCAUGGUGGUGCUUGGCGAGCGGGAAGUAAAAAUCUCUUUUAUCCUUAUGAGAAGCUCCUGGUAAAAGAAAAUGAUUGGAUAAUCGUUAAUAUUGGCUACCGUUUAGCUCCAAAGAAUUCCUACCCGGCCCAUUUAAUAGACGUGAAACGUGCUAUUCGCUGGCUUAAACAGAAUAUCGCUUCAUUUGGUGGGGACCCCAAUUAUAUCAUUUUAGCAGGUGACUCCGCUGGCGCUCAUUUGGCAUCCAUGGCCUCAAUGACAGUGAAUGAUCCUCGGUUCCAGCCUGGCUUUGAAGAGGUAGACACCUCGGUGCAAGGUGUCGUCAGUCUCAGUGGUGCCUUAGAUUUGAUGAAUGAGCCUCAUACAGCCAUCUUUUUCUGUAAACGGGUUGCCGGUUUGGAUAACGUUGAUACAGUUUUCCUGAGCGAUAAUUCCCCUGCUGCUCUCAUAUCAAAGAAGAAAAAUGUACUAGUUCCUUACCUGUUGGUUGCAGGAGAAAAGGAUAGCUUGACAAACAGUAGAAUUUCAAAAGAAUUCAAAGCAACCUUUGAUGAAGAAAAAGAAGCACCAGAAUGUACUUUGAUCCUACUACCGGCUGGCCAUCACAUAAAUUAUAUAAACUGGUCUCCUCGAUCUUUAUACGUGGCGCGAGCAAUUCAAUCAUGGUGUGUUCAGCUGUACAAACGUACGAAUCACAACAAGAGUAUCCAAAUAGAAUCAAAAAGGUGA